CACAGCGAAGAGACCGAUAGUGCUAAGAUGGCGGAGUGUGGCUGAGGGGGAGUAGGUUAAUGUUCUGCCUGGCAUGUUUUAGUCGAAAUAUAUGAAACCACUGUACGAUAUUUCUGACUAAAAUAACUAUAAUUUCAUCGUUUGCACAUACUGAGCUUAUUUGGGACGGAACUCAUGACGUCUAUACACUUCGUGGUACACCCAUUGCCUGGGACCGAAGACCAGCUCAAUGACAGGCUGCGGGAAGUUUCAGAGAAACUCAAUAAGUACAACUAUAGCAGUCACCCCCCACUCAAUGUGUUGGAACAAGCCACUAUUAAACAGUGUGUGGUGGGACCAAGCCAUGCAGCUUUCCUUUUGGAGGACGGUCGCGCUUGUAGGAUUGGUUUUGCUGUACAGCCGGAUCGACUGGAGCUGGGCAAACCAGAUGGCAAUGAUGGUUCAAAGUUGAGCAGUGGUUCAGGGACAGGAAGGAGCUCCAGACCAGGCAGGGCUAGUGAUCCGCCCUGGUUCCUGUCUGGUUCUGACACACUUGGCAGACUGGCAGGCAACACCCUUGGGAGUCGCUGGAGUUCAGGAGUCAAUGGUGCAGCAGCCGCAGGUGGAGGUGGGGGUGGAGGCAGCAGUAGCGGAGGAGGGACAGGAGGAGGAGGCGGAGGUGGAGGUGGAGGUGGGGGCAGCUCUUCUGGCCGGUCUUCAGCAGCAGCACGGGACUCCCGUAGACAAACCAGGGUGAUCCGCACGGGGAGGGAACGUGGCUCUGGCCUCUUGGGCAGCCAGCCACAGCCUGUCAUUCCAGCCUCCGUGAUACCAGAAGAGCUCAUCUCUCAGGCCCAAGUGGUCUUGCAGGGCAAGUCCAGGAGUGUCAUAAUUCGGGAGCUCCAGCGCACAAACUUGGAUGUGAACUUGGCUGUCAACAACUUACUGAGUAGGGAUGAUGAAGAUGGAGAUGAUGGAGAUGACACUGCUAGUGAAUCCUACUUACCUGGAGAAGACCUCAUGUCUCUGCUGGAUGCUGACAUCCACUCAGCCCACCCGAGCGUCAUCAUUGACGCAGACGCCAUGUUCUCUGAGGACAUCAGCUACUUUGGAUACCCUUCCUUCAGGCGCUCCUCCCUUUCCCGCCUGGGCUCCUCACGAGUUCUCCUUCUCCCCUUAGAACGCGACUCGGAGCUGUUGCGUGAGCGUGAGUCUGUGUUGAGGUUGCGUGAGCGGAGGUGGCUCGAUGGGGCCUCCUUCGACGCGGAGCGGGGCUCCACCAGCAGGGAGGCUGAGGCCGGCUUGGACAAGAAGAGUGUCCCUAUGCAGAGCCCCGUCUCACUGGGUGAGGAACUCCAGUGGUGGCCCGACAAGGAUGGCACCCGCUUUGUCAGCAUUGGUGCUUUAUACUCUGAACUGGUGGCUGUCAGCACCAAAGGAGAGCUGUACCAGUGGCGAUGGAAUGAACCUGAACCCUACCGAAACCCACAGAAUCCAGCUAUUCACCACCCUCGAUCCCCAUCCCUGGGCCUGACCAAUGAGAAGAUCACGCUCCUGGCAGCCAACAGCAUCAGAGCGACAGUUGCCACUGAGAGCAACAAGGUGGCCACCUGGGUGGAUGAUACGCUAAGCACCGUGGCCUCCAAGCUGGAGCAUGGCGCACAGGCCUUCCCAGAGUUGCAGGGGGAACGUGUGGCAUCGCUGCACUGCUGCGCCCUGUACACUUGCGCCCAGCUGGAGAGCUGCCUCUACUGGUGGGGCGUUGUGCCUUUCAAUCAAAGGAAGAAGAUGCUUGAGAAGGCCAGAGCCAAGACCAAAAAGCCCAAGUCCAGUGCAGGCAUUUCCUCCAUCCCCAACAUUACUGUGGGAACCCAGGUGUGUUUACGGAACAACCCACUAUACCAUGCUGGAGCUGUGGCCUUUUCAGUCAGUGCUGGGGUCCCCAAGGUGGGAGUCCUCAUGGAGUCUGUGUGGAAUAUGAACGACAGCUGCAGGUUCCAGCUGCGCUCGCCUGAGAGCCUCAAGAACAUGGAGAAAACAGGAAAGACACAGGAAGCCAAGACAGAAAACAAGCCGGAGUCAGUCAAGACAGAGAUGGGGCCCCCGCCCUCUCCAGCCUCCACCUGCAGUGACACCUCUUCCAUAGCAAGCAGCGCCUCACUACCUUACAAACGCCGUCGCUCCACCCCAGCCCCUAAGGAGGAGGAGAAAGUAAACGAAGAGCAGUGGCCUCUUCGGGAAGUGGUGUUUGUUGAGGAUGUUAAAAAUGUCCCUGUUGGAAAGGUGCUAAAAGUCGAUGGUGCGUAUGUUGCUGUGAAAUUUCCAGGGACGUCGAGCAGCGUGAGCAGCCAAAGUGCAGCUCCCCCUGACUCUGACCCGUCCUCGCUGCUGCAGGACUGUAGGCUUCUCAGAAUAGAUGAGCUUCAGGUAGUUAAAACUGGUGGAACUCCAAAAGUUCCAGAUUGCUUUCAGCGCACACCUAAAAAACUAUGUAUACCUGAAAAAGCUGAAAUACUGGCAGUAAACGUUGACUCCAAAGGAGUCCAUGCAGUGCUAAAAACGGGAAAUUGGGUAAGGUACUGUAUAUUUGACCUGGCCACUGGCAAGGCAGAACAGGAGAAUAACUUCCCAACCAGCAGUCUGGCCUUUUUGGGCCAGAAUGAGCGCAAUGUGGCCAUCUUUACUGCAGGACAGGAAUCCCCUAUUAUCCUUAGGGAUGGCAAUGGAACAAUUUACCCUCUGGCCAAAGACUGCAUGGGAGGGAUAAGGGACCCAGAUUGGUUGGAUCUACCUCCAAUCUCCAGCUUGGGAAUGGGUGUGCACUCCCUUGCCAACCUCCCCACCAACUCCACAAUCAAGAAGAAAGCUGCUGUCAUCAUCAUGGCAGUCGAGAGGCAGGCACUGAUGCAGCAUGUGCUGCGUUGUGACUACGAGGCAUGCCGACAGUGCCUUGCAGGUCUGGAGCAGGCAGUGCUGCUCGAGCAGGGGCCUCACGCCCUGGGUGCACUGUUGGGCCAUCGCUGCGAUGGCAACCGUAAUGUCCUGCACGCAUGUGUGUCUGUUUGCUUCCCUGUCAGCAACAAGGAGACCAAGGAGGAGGAAGAAGCAGAGCGGUCUGAGAGGAAUACCUUUGCGGAGCGGCUGUCGGCCGUAGAGGCUAUCGCUAAUGCCAUCUCCGUAGUCUCCAGCAACAACUCUGGCAACCGGAGCGGCUCAUCCAGCAGUCGAGGGUGUGCUUUCCCUAGUCUGCGCCUGCGUGAGAUGAUGAGGCGCUCUCUCAGAGCUGCCGGCCUGGGCCGCCAUGAGUCAGGCCCUUCAUCCAGCGACCACCAGGAUCCAGUGUCUCCGCCCAUUGCCCCGCCUAGCUGGGUACCAGACCCACCACCCAUGGAUCCAGAUGGUGAUAUAGAUUUUAUCUUGGCCCCUGCUGUGGGAUCUCUUACCACAGCUGCUUCUGGGACGGGUCAGGGCCCCAGCACAUCCACAAUACCAGGUCCUUCAUCUGAGCCCUCGUUGGUAGAUUCCAAGGACCGAAAAGCUAACGCUCACUUGAUUCUUAAGAUGAUGUGUGACAGCAUUGUUUUGCGUCCCUACCUCAGAGAGCUGCUGUCUGCAAAGGAUGCCCGUGGAAUGACCCCCUUCAUGCUGGCUGUCAGUGGGAGGGCAUACCCAGCAGCAAUCACCAUACUAGAAGCAGCCCAGAAGAUAGCCAAAGGUGAUCCUGGGCCAGGGGACAAGGAGGAUGCAGACUCUGUAUUUAUGGAGAUGAUCUGCCCCCCUGGGACCAACCCAGAUGACUCCCCACUCUAUGUACUGUGCUGCAACGACACAUGCAGUUUCACCUGGACUGGAGCAGAGCAUAUAAACCAGGAUAUCUUUGAAUGCCGGACAUGUGGCCUGUUGGAAUCUCUCUGCUGCUGUACAGAGUGUGCCAGGGUUUGCCACAAGGGACAUGACUGCAAGCUCAAGAGGACUUCUCCCACUGCCUACUGUGAUUGCUGGGAGAAGUGUAAGUGUAAGACCCUAAUUGCAGGGCAGAAAUCUGCCCGCCUGGACCUGCUCUACAGGCUGCUUACCACCACCAACCUGGUCACGACACCCAACAGCAGGGGGGAACACAUCUUGCUCUUUUUAGUCCAGACUGUUGCAAGGCAGAGUGUGGAGCACUGCCAGUAUCGACCGCCUCGCAUCCGGGAGGACCGCAACCGCAAAGCUGCCAGUGCUGAAGACUCGGACAUGCCAGACCACGACUUAGAGCCCCCACGCUUCGCUCAGUUGGCCUUGGAGCGUGUGCUGCAGGACUGGAAUGCCCUACGCUCUAUGAUCCUUUUUGGCUCCCAGGACAACAAAGAUCCCCUGAGUGCCAGCAGCAGGAUAAGCCACCUUCUCCCUGAAGAGCAGGUGUACCUCAAUCAGCAGAGUGGAACCAUUCGUCUGGAUUGCUUCACACACUGCCUCAUCGUCAAGUGUGCCCCAGACAUCACCCUGAGCCGGUUCAUUGACACCCUGCUGGGCACCCUGGUGAAAGAGCUGCAAAACAAAUACACUCCGGGUCGCAGGGAGGAAGCCAUCGAGGUCACCAUGAGAUUCUUGCGCUCUGUGGCCAGAGUCUUUGUCAUCCUCAGCGUGGAGAUGGCUUCAUCUAAGAAAAAGAAUAAUUUCAUCCCACAGCCGAUUGGAAAGUGCCGCCGGGUGUUCCAGGCCCUUCUGCCCUAUGCGGUAGAGGAGCUGUGUAAUGUGGCUGAGUCACUUAUUGUACCUGUGCGCAUGGGCGUGGCCCGGCCCACAGCACCUUUUACCCUAGCCAGCACUAGCAUUGACGCUGUGCAGGGUAGUGAGGAACUGUUUUCAGUGGAGCCCCUCCCACCUCGGCCGUCCCCAGACCACUCCAGCAGCUCCAGUCAGGCCACCUCUUCCUACAUCAUGAGGAACCCACAGCCGCGACGCAGCAGCCAGUCCCAGCCUGUCCGUGGGAGAGACGAGGAGCAGGAUGAGAUUGUGUCUGCCGACGUUGAGGAGGUGGAGGUAGUGGAGGGUGUGGCCGGUGAAGAAGAUCAUCACGAUGACCAGGAAGAGCAGGGGGAUGAGAAUGCAGAGGUGGAAGGGCAGCACGAUGAGCAUGAUGAGGAUGGCAGUGACAUGGAGCUGGAUUUAUUGGCAGCAGCUGAGACCGAAAGUGACAGUGAAAGCAACCAUAGCAACCAGGACAAUGCCAGUGGGCGCAGGAGUGUCGUCACCGCAGCAACAGCUGGCUCUGAAGCAGGUGCCAGCAGUGUCCCUGCCUUCUUUUCAGAGGACGAUUCACAGUCCAAUGACUCGAGUGACUCAGACAGCAGCAGCAGCCAGAGUGAUGACGUGGACCAGGAGACCUACCUGGUGGACGAGCCUCUGGAGCGGACUGCAGGAGCUGCCCACGCUAACAGUGCUGCCCAAGCUCCACGCUCCAUGCAGUGGGCAGUGCGCAAUGCACCCAGCCAGCGUGCCACGGGGAGCGCGCCUUCUGGCUCUUCCACACCUGCAGCAAGCUCCACUGGUCUCAUCUACAUCGACCCAUCCAACCUUCGGCGCAGCGGUGCCAUCAGCACCAGUGCAGCUGCUGCUGCCGCUGCCUUGGAGGCCAGCAGCUCCAGCAGCUACCUGACAUCAGCCAGUAGCCUGGCACGUGCAUACAGCAUCGUCAUUCGCCAGAUCUCCGACUUAAUGGGCCUCAUUCCCAAAUACAACCACCUGGUCUACUCCCAGUACCCGGCUGCUGUCAAGCUCACCUUCCAGGAUGCUGUCAACUUACAGAACUAUGUGGAGGAGAAGCUUGUCCCCACUUGGAAUUGGAUGGUGUCCAUCAUGGACUCAACGGAGGCACAGCUGCGCUAUGGGUCAGCACUGGCCUCAGCAGGUGAUCCAAGUCACCCUAGCCACCCGCUGCAUGCUGCACAACAUGCUGGGCGUCGAGAGCGCAUGACGGCACGUGAGGAGGCCAGCCUCAGGACAUUGGAGGGCCGCAGGCGAGCUGCGACCCUCCUUAGUGCCCGCCAGGGCAUGAUGUCAGCGCGAGGGGACUUUUUGAACUAUGCCCUAUCCCUUAUGCGUUCACACCAUGAUGAACAUUCGGACGUGCUGCCCGUGCUGGAUGUGUGUUCACUCAAACACGUGGCCUACGUUUUCCAGGCACUUAUCUACUGGAUCAAGGCAAUGAACCAGCAAACCACCCUGGAGACCACACAGCUGGACAGAAAGAGGACCCGUGAGAUCUUGGAGUUGGGCCUGGACAAUGAGGACUCUGAGCAUGAAAAUGAUGAGGACACUAAUCAAAGUUCUACCCUCCACGACAAGGAUGAAGACCCCAUGCCUGCAGAGACAGGUCAGAACCAUCCCUUCUUCCGCCGCUCUGACUCUAUGACCUUCCUCGGCUGCAUCCCCCCAAACCCCUUUGAGGUGCCGCUGGCAGAGGCCAUUCCCUUGGCAGACCAACCCCACCUGUUACAGCCAAAUGCACGAAAGGAGGAUCUGUUUGGGAGGCCAAGCCAGGGCCUAUACUCCUCCUCCUACAAUGCCAGCAAGGGCCUCACAGAGGCGGCACUGGACAGAAAUUGCCUUGAGGUGCUGCCAACCAAGAUGUCCUACUCUGCCAAUAUGAAGAAUGUAAUGAACAUGCAGGCUCGCCAGAAGGCCAGCGAACAGCAGACCCCAGCAGAGGACCACACAGCUGGUCCCAAGCCUGGUCCAUCCGCCCAUGACCUGGCAGCCCAACUCAAGAGCAGUCUGCUGGCUGAGAUUGGGCUGACAGAGAGCGAGGGACCACCCCUUACCUCUUUCAGGCCUCAUUGUAGCUUCAUGGGAAUGGUGAUCUCCCAUGACAUGUUGCUGGGCCGUUGGCGCCUGUCGCUGGAACUCUUUGGCCGUGUCUUUAUGGAGGAUGUGGGUGCUGAGCCUGGAUCGAUCCUAACAGAGCUUGGAGGCUUUGAGGUGAAGGAAUCCAAAUUCCGCCGGGAGAUGGAGAAGCUUCGGAACCAGCAGUCCCGUGACCUGGCCCUGGAGGUGGACCGCGACCGUGAUCAGCUUAUCCAGCAAACCAUGCGGCAGCUGAACACUCACUUUGGCCGGCGCUGCGCUGCCACACCAAUGGCAGUUCACCGUGUCAAGGUCACCUUCAAGGAUGAGCCUGGGGAGGGCAGUGGCGUGGCACGCAGCUUCUACACAGCGGUGGCACAGGCCUUCCUGUCCAGCGAGAAGCUGCCCAACCUGGACUGCGUGCAGAGUGCCAGCAAGGGCAUGCAGGCCAGCAAUCUGAUGCAGCGGCUGAGGAACCGUGACCGGGAGCGAGAGCGUAGGAGUGGUGGUCUGCGAGCUGGAUCCCGCAGAGACAGGGACAGGGACUCAAGGAGGCAGUUGUCCAUUGACACAAGGCCAUUCAGGCCUGCUUCUGAGGGGAACCCAAGCGACGAGCCAGACCCCCUGCCAGCCCACAGACAAGCCCUGGGUGAGAGGCUGUACCCCCGGGUCCACGCCAUGCAGCCGGCCUUUGCCAGUAAGAUCACAGGGAUGCUGCUGGAGCUGUCGCCCGCCCAACUACUGUUGCUGCUGGCCAGCGAGGACUCUCUGAGAGCUCGGGUAGAGGAGGCCAUGGAGCUCAUCAUUGCGCAUGGACGUGAGAAUGGGGCAGACAGCAUAUUGGACCUUGGCUUGCUGGACACAUCAGAUAAGGCCCAGCAACAGGACAACCGCAAGAGACAUGGCUCCAGCCGCAGCGUGGUGGACAUGGAGCUAGAUGAUGCUGAUGACAGUGAUGACAACGCCCCCCUCUUUUACCAGCCUGGCAAGAGGGGCUUCUACUCCCCCCGACCUGGCAAAAACACAGAGGCCCGCCUGAACUGCUUUCGCAACAUUGGCAGAAUACUUGGGUUGUGCCUGCUGCAGAAUGAACUGUGCCCGAUCACCUUGAACAGACACGUCAUUAAGGUGUUACUGGGGAGAAAAGUAAACUGGCAUGACUUUGCGUUCUUCGACCCGGUGAUGUACGAAAGCCUGCGGCAACUCAUUCGCCACGCUCAGACUGGGGAGGCAGACGCUGUGUUUGCCGCAAUGGACCUGGCCUUUGCCAUUGACCUUUGCAAGGAGGAAGGCUCUGGGCAGGUAGAGCUCCUGGCUGGAGGGGUGAACAUGCCCGUGACUCCGCUGAAUGUGUACGAGUAUGUGAGGAAGUAUGCAGAACAUCGCAUGCUGGUGGUGGCAGAACAGCCUCUGCAUGCAAUGAGGAAGGGCCUUUUGGAUGUGCUGCCCAAGAACUCCCUUGAGGACCUGACUGCUGAGGACUUCAGGUUACUUGUCAAUGGCUGUGGUGAGGUCAACGUACAGAUGCUCAUCAGCUUUACUUCCUUCAACGACGAGUCAGGGGAAAAUGCUGAAAAGCUACUGCAGUUCAAGCGCUGGUUCUGGUCCAUUGUUGAGAAGAUGAGUAUGACUGAGAGACAGGAUCUGGUGUACUUUUGGACAUCCAGUCCAUCCCUACCAGCCAGUGAGGAGGGCUUCCAGCCCAUGCCUUCAAUCACUAUCCGCCCCCCUGAUGACCAGCACCUGCCCACCGCCAACACCUGCAUCUCCCGCCUCUACGUGCCACUAUACUCCUCUAAGCAGAUCCUCAAACAGAAACUCCUACUGGCCAUCAAGACCAAGAACUUUGGUUUUGUGUAGAGAUUAACAAGCGGUGUGUUUACGGUUGUGUAAUAUUACUAGUUCCAUUUUUGUAGAAUUAUUUUUUAUUUGUCUAUACUAUUUUAUGAGGGUUAAAAUGCUGUCAUAUCCCUGACGGUAACUCUUAUUUUGCUUUGUUUUAUUUCUGAAGAAAUGUACAUUCCUCCAUUGAGUGUGUAAAGAAGAAGCCCACAAGUCAACCAUCUUAGUUUGAAUUUCCCACUCAUUUUGCCUCAUGGACAAACUCAUAGGAUGUAUCCCGGCCAAAGAUGACAGCAGACAUCUUUAAGAAAAAGAAAAAAAAAAAAUUCACUGUGAUUUUAUUUUGUUUUUCCCCACCCUCAGAAUAAAUACUCACUGAAAAUUCA